GGCAAGGCUGUCAGCUACCAAGGACAAUGAACUUCCAGAAACUACUGCUGAAGUGAGAACUAGAGGUCUGUGGCCCUUCCAUUUCCUCAUCCUUGCCCUUGUCAAGCCUGAGUUGGGAUGUCAGGAGCCUCCAAGGAGAGUUUGGAACCCCGGGGUCUACCAGUGUUGGGCAAGGCCUGCUUAACCACCAUGGACAAAAAGCUUAACAUGCUGAAUGAGAAGGUUGACAAACUCCUGCAUUUCCAAGAAGAUGUCACAGAGAAGCUACAGUGUGUGUGCCAAGGCAUGGGCCACCUAGAGCAAGGCCUGCACCGGCUGGAGGCCUUCCAAGGGUUGGGCCCAGGGGCGGCUGAUAGUGCCCCUCCAGCUGACACACAGGCUGGGUGGACUGAGGUCCUAGAGCUGGUGAAGGCUGUGCGACAGGAUGGUGCCCAGCAUGGUGCCAAACUUGAAGCUCUCUUCAGGAUGGUGGUGGCUGUGGACAGGGCCAUCGCUUUGGUGGGGGCUGUGUUCCAGAACUCAAAGGUGGUGGAUUUCAUCAUGCAAGGGAGUGUUCCUUGGAGAAAAGGCAGCCUGGUUGACAGCCACGAGGAGAACAAAGAGCAAGUGGAAGAGAAGGGAACAAAACCAAAGCAUGCGUUGAGUACCAGGGGUGUGCAAGCUGACAUCAGGGGGCCUUGGGAAGAGAGCCAGAAGGCCGACCUGUCAGAGAGGACAGUGGAGAGGCUGCCCUCCUUCAGCACUUCAGGAAUGGGUGCUGACCUCGUCUCCCAGGCAGGGGCCUCACCUGGGCAAGUGGAUGGGGUUCCUGGCCCAGGCCAGGUACCUCUUGGCCACUUGCUGCUGCCCACAGAGGUUGAAGCCAAAGAUCCUGAGACAUCCAGUGAGAACCCUGGGACUCGCCUGGAAUUGUCUGCAGCAUCUAACAGGGUCACCAAGGCCCCCACCAGCCAGGAUGUGACACCAAGUACAGGACAAGGAACAUCAUCCAGCAAGCUUGAUCCUCAGUCCUCAGAAGAAGUCUUAUGGUUGACUUCAGGGCCCGGUUCUGAGCCCCCAAGGGCACCAGCUCUCUCCAGGGCAGCUCACAGUGGUGGAGAAUCUCCGCUAAGAAUCUCCAUCCACGUGCAAGAGAUGGAUACUCCCGGGGAACUUCUUGUGACACGAGGGGGCAGCCUCAGACCCACUCCCCCUAUAGAGGUUCCAGCAGCUGCUUAUCCCAGUGAGCAGGACUUGCCUGGGCCCAGGUGCUGCUCUGAAGCUCCUGAGACUGAGCUGGGAGAACAAAACCCCAAAGAAGCCAAAGAGUUUACCCCACUGCAGAAGAGAAGCAGCGAGGCGGGAGCAGAUGAUGAGGAGAAGCAAGGGCCUGUGGCUGAGCCUGCCACCGGAUCAAGCUUCACCAGGAGGGACAAGGGAGAUGACCCUGCUGGGACCUCAGCCCUGCAGCAGGACAAAAGCUUAGGAGCAGGACAUCCUGAGCCUGGGAAUGACUGUGCAGCUGGGGUCACUCCAAGAACUGAAACAGGAAGGAGGACACCCCCAGAUGAUGGGGCUGGCAGCCUAGUUCUGGAUGACAGCCCAGCUCCACCAGCACCUUUUGAACACCGGGUGGUGAGUGUCAAGGAGACCUCGAUCUCAGCAGGUUACACGGUGUGCCAGCAUGAAGUCUUGGGAGGGGGCCGGUUUGGCCAGGUUCACAAGUGCACAGAGAAGUCCACAGAUCUCCCACUGGCCGCCAAGAUCAUCAAAGUGAAGAAUGCUAAAGACCGGGAGGAUGUGAAGAAUGAGAUCAACAUCAUGAACCAGCUCAGCCAUGUGAACUUAAUCCAACUCUAUGAUGCCUUUGAGAGCAAGAACAGCUUUACCCUGGUCAUGGAGUAUGUGGAUGGGGGUGAACUCUUUGACCGGAUCACAGAUGAAAAGUACCAUCUGACUGAACUGGACGUGGUCUUGUUCAUCAAGCAGAUCUGCGAGGGUGUGCAUUACCUCCACCAGCACUACAUUCUGCACCUAGACCUCAAGCCAGAGAAUAUACUAUGUGUAAAUCAGACAGGACACCAAAUUAAGAUCAUUGACUUUGGGCUGGCCAGAAGGUACAAGCCUCGGGAAAAGCUGAAGGUGAAUUUUGGUACUCCUGAAUUCCUGGCCCCAGAAGUUGUCAACUAUGAGUUUGUUUCAUUCCCCACGGACAUGUGGAGUGUGGGAGUCAUCACCUACAUGCUACUCAGUGGUUUGUCCCCAUUUCUAGGGGAAACAGAUGCAGAAACCAUGAAUUUCAUUGUGAACUGUAGCUGGGAUUUCGAUGCUGACACCUUUGAAGGGCUGUCAGAGGAGGCCAAGGACUUUGUUUCCCGGCUACUUGUCAAAGAGAAGAGCUGCAGAAUGAGUGCCACACAAUGCCUGAAACACGAAUGGUUGAAUAAUUUGCCUGCCAAAGCCUCGAAAUCCAAAGUUCGUCUCAAAUCCCAACUAUUGCUGCAGAAAUACAUGGCCCAGAGAAAAUGGAAGAAACAUUUCUAUGUGGUGGCUGCUGCGAACAGGUUAAGGAAAUUUCCAACUUGUCCCUAAUCUUCAACUCUGCUGCUCCAAUGGGCCCAGAAAUUAUUGAGGCCAGUGGUGAUGUGAAGAGAUGACUCAAGAUUUUAAGUAAUCUGACCUUCUACUAUUAUUGAUUCCUCUUAUUUUGUAAAAAAAAGUUCUGGCUAUUGCCUUCUGGACAAAAGUGGCUAUAAAGAAAAUAUCUUAGGAGCUUUGUUUCUGCCUUGUAAGAUCACUAGGUUUGAAAUGCUGUGUUUACUUUUCAAGUAUUCCUCCUUUUGACAAUAAGCGUAGGCAUGCUUAGGUAGGUAGGAAAGGUCCUACUUUGCAUAGAAUUGAAUUAAAUUCUAAAUUUAAUGUGAUUAAAGAACUCAUUAGACACAAAGAUAUAUUAUUAUUAUCUCUUCCAGUACAAAGAAUGCCAAAACAAGAAUUCCUAGACGUUUGAUUUAUCUUGGACUUCCUGCUCUAGUGUCAAGCUAUGUGGGCUUAGGACAGUAAUCCUCAAAUUUGUUUUAAUUUAUGCUCCCUUUGAGAAUCAACAUUGAUGUGUAUUCUUUAGUAUCGUUUGCAAUCUUGAAAUAUAUCAACUGUUACAGCUAAAUCUGAUAAUUCGGAAUGUGUUUUUUAAACUCUACAUACCUUCAUUCUUUCCUAAUUUUGUCCCGUCCUGACUCCCUUUUCUUGGGUAUGAAUCUCUGGUUUUGUAAGCCUGGAAGCUGAUCUAUAAAAUAUAAUGUAAUGAUGUUCAGCUGAGAGAAAUACAGGAAUGUUACAUUAUGAAGCAAUAAAGGAAAACUGCUCUCUUACUGCUGUAGUAAGGACAUACUA